AUGGCUCACAGUAGCUGCCAGGGUCAGGGUGGAAGAGGGGAAAAGGUGGUCUGGAUGCUGCAGAGCUGGAGCUCCCAGCGAAGGCCUGGAGCGCAGCAUGGAGCCUGUGUGAGUUCCCGUGUGGAGGCAGAGAAGACCACGUCCAGGGUGAAGGACUUUGGAGAUGAUGGGUCCUUGAUUAUUACAAAGGUUACCACCACUCACAUGGGCAAAUACAGCUGCUAUGCAGAUUGCUAUGGGUAUGUCUACCAGACUCACAUUUUCCAAGUGAAUGUUCCUCCCGUCAUCCGUGUGUACCCAGAGAGCCAGGCCAGGGAGCCCGGAGUGACAGCCAGCCUCAGGUGCCACGCCGAGGGCGUCCCGGACCCGCAGCUCGGCUGGCUGAAGAACGGGGUGGACAUCACGCCCAAGCUGUCCAAGCAGCUCACCCUGCAAGCCAAUGGCAGUGAGGUUCACAUCAGCAACGUGCGGUACGAAGACACCGGGGCGUACACGUGUGUCGUGAAGAAUGAGGCGGGUGUGGAUGAGGACAUCUCUUCACUGUUUGCGAAAGAUUCUCUGGGUCCACAUUGCCACCCUUCCGUUCUGCCCAAAGUCGAAAUGACCAUGAAAGCUAAAGUUACGGGGAGAGUGAAGACGCUGAGCAGACCUGGCAGUGCAGCUGAACACAGCCAGGAAGCGGACUUGCGGGCUGCUCCCGGGAGUGGCAGACAUGCUGAGCGUUCUCCUCACGUGACAAGUGGAAGCAUGAACACGUGCAUCGCAAUUGCACACUCUUCGCUGCGUGUAGGAGAGAGUUUGAUGGUUAAGGGUUCCUGGAGGCAUAGAUGGGGAGGACCUAGACCCAAAGCCCUGGAGAAAGGGGUCCUGGGCGCAGGGGGAAGGCACAGAGGAGAUGACGCUGGGGUGGAGCGGGCACUGGGGGAAACGCCAGGGACACCGCGGAGGGUGACACGUUUCUUGCUUCUGGGGCCAUGGAUUCUCAGAGGACAGCGCCUCAUCUGCAGAAUGAAGGCAGGGAAAAGCGGGUCAAGCAGAGGCUGCCACGGAAAGCUUCUAAGGUCCCGUGUGCAUUGCGCCCUGAGCGCGGACUGCGUGGUCUCCGCUGGAAUUCAGGAAGGAAUUGGUGCCCAGUCACUCUGGCACCCCUCAGUGAAUGAUGCUUGUCCGCGGCGACCUGGACCGUUGACUCCGUGGCCGCGCUCCUCUCCACGCAGGUCACGCUCUCGCAGGGCCUCUCCUGCGGCCGGCCUGGCCCCUGGGGUCCAGUGCUUUUCCUUGGGGACCAAACCUUCCAGAAUGCAAGAUCAUGUGUUGGGAGAUGCACCCUCCAGAAGAGUGCAGCAUGUCAGUGCUGCUGCCAGGGUGCAGUUGGCUGUAGUCGAUUUGAGAAAUUAUCUGUCUGCUCGUGAAUCAACCCUUCCUAAAGCUACAGAGGAGAAUGCAGUUCUCUGCACUGUAGAAACUAUCCGACUGUCGCACGGACAGUGUGGCUCUGUGUUUUCCAGGCUCUCUGAGCCCCUUCUGCGCCCUGGAGCUAGAUUCUUCUAUCUGAACCUCAUUUCCGGGCAGCUGACCCUCCCUGCGCCAACCCAGGCCAGGGAGCAACUAACAUUAUGGAGAGAAGAAGGUCUGGGAAUUGGGAACAUGUUCUAUGUUUUUUAUGAAGAUGGAAUCAAAGUGACAUAACCCAUAGAAUGUGAAUUUCAGAGGCACAUUAAGCCCAGUGAAAAGCUUCUCGGAUUUCAGAUAAGCACUGUCUGCAUCGAAGCCCAGGGUGAGGUGUACCAGCAGUGCGUGUGGGCCUCAGCCUUCAACGUCAAGGACAGAUUCAUUUAAGUCGUGCAGCCCAAGCUCAGCAGAGUCCUGGUGGUGAAAGUGCAGUCCCAGAAGAUAGUUCAAGCGGUGAGCACGGACCCCGUCCCUGUCAAGUUGCACUAUGACAAAUCGCACUACCAGGUCUGAGUGCUGAGUUGGGGCAGCAUGGAGAAGACGUCCCCGACCUUGCAGGUGGUGACCCUGGCCAGUGGGAACGGCCCCCACCACACGGUGCACACGCAGCCUGUGGGCCAACAGUUUGACCAAGUGGACUACUUCCUUCAUCCCCAACCUGUCUCACUGUGCUUGCAUCUUUGCAGGUUUGGAUUCAUUUUUCACAAGGAUGAGGCUGCACUGCAUAAAAUCGACCUGGAGACCCUGUCAUACUACCACUUGGUGGACCUGGGGGCGCACGGCUGUGUGCCCCACUCACUGGCCUACUUGCACCUGGGCAGGUACUACUUCAUGAGCUGUAGGCCUGACGGCUCAGGGGCUGUGCCCCCACAACUGGUGUUGGAUGGGGUCACCAACACAGUCACUGGCCCCAAUGACAAUAAGAUGGGUACGCUCUAGGUGUCCCCCGAUGGCCACUACCUGGUCAGUGUGGACAAUAUCCAGGGCCUGGUGCAUGUGCAGCACAUCAGUGCACAUGGUGAGAUCCAAGGAGCCUUCGACGUGUGCACUGACCUGCACCGGGCCAACCUGGCCUUCCUGCCAUCCUUCAUGGCCGCACGGAGAUAUACGGCUUGCGGCAGCGCUGGCACCCAGAUGCUCUGCCUGGACCUGGCCUCGGAAGCCGUCAGCAUGCUGGGUGGCCUGAAGGAGACCCUGUCUGCAGCACAGUGGACUUGAGACACCAAGAACCAGCAUGCCCAGACCAGUGGCUUGUUCGGCCAGUACCUGAUGAAGCAUUCUGAGGACUCGCUCUUCAUCCUGGAUGGCCGGCUGAACAGGCUGAAUUUGGAGAUUACCCAGAUCGCCAAGGGCAACACCCUGGUCUGGGUGGGCGAGGCCUACCCUUCCCCUGCAGGAAAGCCCCAGCACUUUGCCUUCAGCUGA